GUGGUGUACAUGUGUGUGUAUUUCUUUAUUCCAAGCCGAAAGAAAGCGAGAAGUUUUUAUAGGAAAGAAAGUAAUGGCGAACACGAUGUCGGAGGAGUCGGAGGAGCUGCUCGGUAAGGUGAGCAACCUCGCAGAGGCCUUCAUCACGGACUUAAAGCGCGGCUGUCUGGCCGGUGCCCGCAGCGGCGAAGAGAGCCUUUCCACCGCAGCGGCUGUCAAGAUGGCAGAGAUGAUGGCCUCGAUUGUUCGCCUUUUCCAAAACACAGAGGAGGACCCGCAAAGCAGGACCGUUCAGCUGCUCAAGGCAGGCUACCCGGCAGCAGAGGUGGCCAGCCUUCAGGUCAGUCGACUGUUGAUCUUGGUAGCCCGCACCGGCGACUCGCUGCUGCGGGCGCAGUUCGCGACGCUCUUUUUAAUGAACGUCACCCGUCGUGUGCUGUCGAUCGUGCGCGAGUCCGCGGCGAAUAACAAAGCGACAGAAGCGGAGCUGGAGCUGGACGCGAAGGCAAUCUUAGAGGAUCUCAAGUCGGAAGACGACGAGGAGGAGAACAAUCAGAACAGCGCUCGCUCCAGCAGCAGCAGCAGCAGUAACGCUUCGGAAGAGAGUGACGACGAUGCAGCAAAGCACACGUUGCCGGCGAAAGGUAUGAAGCCCGCCUCGCCGGCGCUGAAAAAGAACGCGUUCUCGGCGGACCCCUACACCCGCCGCGGCCUCUCCGUGCGCUUCGCCGAUCGAGGGGAGCCGUCGCCGUACCAGCAGCACAGCGCGUCGAUGGCGAACGACUUCGGGAGUCCGCUGCUGCAGCGCGCCGGCUCGAUUGUAGCGAUGGAGAUCCCCGGCCGGCAGGUGCUGAAGCGCGCACCGAGCCGGCGAGAGCAGGUGCAGGAGGAGGAGAGUCCCAUCGAGUUCCCGGUGCGCGUGGAGAACUUCUACACCGACGCGCUGGAAGCCAUCGACGAGCUGAAGCGGGAGCUGGAGGGGAUGACGGAGGAGCUGUGCCGGCGGGCGCCGCGGCAACUGCACUCCUCUGACACGAUCAUCACCCUCGGCUGCAGUCACUCCAUUCGGCGCUACCUGCUCGAGGCGGCCAAGGCGGGUCAGCACUUUAAGGUGCUCAUCUUGGAGGGCGCCCCGCAGCCGGCGGAGGCGACGCAGGAGUUCGCGGCGGCGCUCCUGCGAGAGAAAAUCCACGCCCAGCUGCUGCCCGACAGCUCGGCGUACGUCGUCAUGAGCAUGUGCACCAAGGUCCUCGUCGGGGCGGAGAACGUGCUGGCCAACGGGGGGAUGCUGACCGCGAUCGGCACCCACGUCCUCUGCGCCGCGGCGCGGCACUUCGCGGUGCCCGUGCUGGUCGUGACGACCACGCUGAAGAUGUCUCCGUACUACCCAAGCGAUCAGCUGUGCACGCGGUUGGUGCGCAUUGCACGGUCGGGGGCGCAGGAGAUGCCGUGGUCCACCUACGGCUCGCCGGAGGAUGUUUGGCCGUCGCCGUUCGGUGUCGCCGUGUCCGACAGCGGGCGUGGCCUGACGAUCCAUGCCCCGGUGACGGAGUACGUGCCGCCGGAGCUCAUCACGCUGUUUGUGACCAAUGAUAGCGAGCUGAUGCCCUCGCAGAUCCACCGCAUCGUGCGGGCCAACUAUAGCGAUGCCGACUGA